CAGGUCGGUCAUUGACUCUAAAAGCGGCGUCGUUUUAUGCGGAUGCGAGGUCUCGCUCUCGCCAGUUGACAGUCUCUCUUGUCUAAAAUUUCUCCCUCUAUAAAAAACCAAAAAUCGUCUAUUGUGGUCUGCUCAUUUCCACUGAAGAGGCGACUGGAGAGUGGCGCGUCACUGGUGAUUUCUCGGUCCCUUUCGCUUUCUGUUCCCUGAAUGGAAGCCGUAAUGUCGGCAAAUGCACUUAGAGAUCUGAAUACUUUACCAGCAUCUGAGAGGAAGAUUGACAACUCUGGUAAAGGGAGUUUUGUCAAGCCAUGUUUGGGAAAUGCCAAUGGAAAUACUGAAGAACGGCGUACGCAAGUGUCUUCCCCCUCAAUUUUCAGUUCUGCCAGUGGAGUUGAAACAGAUAACCCCAGAAAUGAUGUAUGUAAUAUGGAAGUAGAGUAUAUUGAAUCUGAGAAUUUGAGUGAUGUGGAAGAUGUUGAUACAACUCUGAAGACACUUCUACUGGGCUUGGACUCUAAGGAUUGGGUUAUGGUAUGUGAGGCAUUAAAUAAUGCACGUCGCCUAUCAAUUUUUCACAAGGAACAGAUGCUUGGUACUGUGGGAGAGCUGAUUCCACUUAUAGUCAAGUCCUUAAAGAAUCCAAGAAGUGCUGUCUGUAAAACUGCAAUUAUGACUUCUGAGGACAUUUUCAGUGCAUACAAUGACCAAAUAAUUGAUGCAUUAGAUCCUCUGCUUACACAACUUCUUCUCAAGUCUUCACAAGAUAAACGGUUUGUUUGCGAGGCAGCUGAGAGGGCAUUAGUUGCUAUGACUACUUGGAUUUCUCCUUUACUGCUGUUACCAAAACUGCAGCCUUAUCUUAAGAAUAGAAAUCCACGUAUUCGAGCUAAGGCUGCAAUCUUUGUUUUGAAGCACCCAAAGGAGGAUAAUCAUCAUGCAUGUUCCAGAGCUGCUGUUCUCAAUGACAUCAGGAAAUUUGUUUAUUUUUAUUUGAGUAAUAACAAAAUGUUUCAUAAUUUCCAGGGAGUUGAAGGUAUUGAAGCAUAUGGAAUUGACAAAUUGAUUCAAGUGGCUGCAUCACAGCUUAGUGACCAGCUUCCUGAAUCCCGGGAGGCUGCAAGAGGCCUUCUUCUGGAGCUGCAAACUGUUUAUGAGAAAUCUCACAAUCUUACAUCAGCCACAUUAUCUGAACAUUCAGAGAUGAGUACCUGGGAGCAUUUUUGUCAGUCAAAACUCUCACCCUUAAGUGCACAAGCUGUGCUCCGCGUGACCAAUAUUGCUCGGGAGGGUCUCAUUAUUGGUUCCUAACAGGAUAAACAAAGCAUAUAUGAGCUUAUAGUGAGUUCUGUUUAUUCUUUUUUUCCUUAUGAUCUUCAAGUGAGCAAUCUAUGAUGUUGCUGUUUCCUUGGGUCCUUGCAUUUCUUUUCAUAUAGCUUUCGUGUAAAUACCAUGAAAAUUGAGUUCUCCUGAAUUGUUGUUAAGCACUUAGUUGAGCUGGAAUGCUACAGUAUUGUUUGCGUGCAGGUAUUGAGCCUUAUUUAUAUUUUUAUUGGUUAUAUCAAGUUUAUUUUUUGAUUUCA